CAUCUACUCAAGAUUGAUGUAUGUUUCCUCCAUUGCUUUAAUUUGGUUGCGAAUUUGGAUAAACAUGGCACAGCUCCAGCAAGGAGGCUCUGAUGAAAAAGAGAAGACUACAGCAUUAAAGGGUACAAAUUAAUUUGGAACUUCUCCGUAGGCACUUCGUACACUGUGUUCUGAUGAACUGUAAUUUUGUGGUUAGUAAAGCAGAUUUGUUAUCUAGAAUAGACUUGGAUGAACUGAUGAAAAAGGAUGAGCCACCUCUUGAGUUUCCUGAUACUCUUGAAGGAUUUGAAUAUGCUUUUAAUGAAAAGGGACAGUUAAGACAUAUAAAAACUGGGGAGCCAUUUGUUUUUAACUACCGUGAAGAUUUGCAUAGAUGGAACCAAAAACGCUACGAAGCACUUGGAGAGAUCAUCACUAAGUAUGUAUAUGAACUUCUGGAAGAAGAAUGCCAUUUGAAGAAAGUAUAUGUACCUGUAGAUACAACUGAGAGUGAACCCAGGAGUUUUAUCUUUAUGAGUGAAGAUGCAAUGACAAAUCCUGAGAAACUGAUGGUUUUAAUUCAUGGUAGUGGUGUUGUCAGAGCUGGACAGUGGGCAAGGAGGCUUAUUAUAAAUGAAGAUUUGGACAGUGGUACGCAGAUUCCAUAUAUUAAAAGAGCUAUUGAGGAAGGCUAUGGAGUUAUAGUACUGAAUCCGAAUGAGAACUAUAUUGAAGUUGAAAAGACAAAAGCUCAAGUACAGCUGUCUUCUGAUAGCUCAGAUGAACCUGCAGAAAAGAGAGAAAGAAAAGAUAAAAUCCAAAAAGACACAAAGAAGCGGCGUGACUUUUACGAAAAAUACCGAAAUCCACAAAAAGAAAAGGAAACUGUGCAGUUGUAUAUUAGAGAAAAUGGCUCUCCUGAAGAACAUGCAAUUUACGUAUGGGACCACUUUAUCUCUCAGUCUGCAGCUGAAAAUGUAUUUUUUGUUGCUCACAGUUAUGGUGGCCUUGCAUUUGUGGAAUUGAUGAUUCAACGAGAAGCAGAAGUAAAAAACAAAGUUACAGCUGUGGCGUUAACAGAUUCCGUUCACAACGUGUGGCAUCAGGAAGCUGGCAAAACUAUUCGGGAGUGGAUGCGCGAGAACUGUUGUAACUGGGUAUCGAGUUCAGAACCACUGGAUACAUCAGUUGAAUCCAUGUUACCAGACUGCCCACGUGUCUCUGCAGGUACGGAGAGGCACGAGCUGACCUCGUGGAAGAGCUUCCCGUCGGCCUUCCGGUUCUUCGGCGAGGCGCUGGAGGCGAAGCACAGCUCGGGCAGAGGGGCUCCGACGCGGCGCUCGCAGAGGAUCCGCUACGAGGAGCUGUAG